UUCGCUGCGUCGAAAGAAGAAUGUCAUGCACGGGCAGAACGCACAGUAGACGAAUGGUCUGAAUGUCUCAAGGUACUUUUAGUUCAAUCGUUUUUUCAAAAAACAGGCAUUCCAACCCUAAAGCGAUUCGUUCAGGCGGAUUCACACGCCAAAAAUACCCGACAGGCACUUGAGAAAACAAGCAAGGCGCUAGAUCAGCUGCUGGAAAAGAAGCAUGAUAUCUUGGCUACAACCAAGACCUUUGAGGAAAUCCAAGACCUGUUAGAGCUUAAACAGGUUGUGAGAGAG